GGUUGUGUGUUAAGUUAAGUACAACGAUGAAUCGCAAAAGAUAGUCGGUAUUGACGAAAAAAAAUACGCGACGUAUGUGUUGCGAAUGACACCGCGUUCCGUCCUAUGAUAUAAUCUUCGCCAGAAACUCGAGGAAAAUCUUGUGGCGCUGUAUUUCAACAGCUGAUCUAACUGGUACAAUUCUCCAGACAAAAUUCUCGUUUCUAGUCAGCUAGGUGAUCCGCGAUAAAUGAUGGCCGGAUAUGUAUUGAAAGUUAAAACGAAAUCGGGUCAAAAGGUCGUGAAUGGAUUGCUGCCGCAGGAUAAUUUAGGCAAAUUACGAUCAAAAUUAGUUGAGAUAACAGGAAUACCGGCUGAAGCGCUUCACGUUCUCUGUGGUUUUCCACCGAGGCCAAUUAAUCUGAACGACGAGACGGGCUCUCUCGAAGCUUGUGGCAUCAUUUCUGGGGACACCUUGAUCGUCGAAGAGAAACCACCACUUUACAAUGGGAAACAGAACUCUGAAGAUAUCGGUCGAUCUCAUAUCGUCGAUGAAAAGGGUUUCACGAAUACGCCUGGUGUACUAAUGAAAAAGGUCGUACCAGCAGAUAAUUCCUGCUUAUUUACCAGCGUUGGUUAUGUUCUCAAUGGCAAAGUUGACCCUAGCUGUGCAGGCUUUAUGAGAGAGAUUAUAGCGAAUGCUGUAGCAUCAGAUCCUGUGGAGUAUUCGGAAGCUUUCCUGGGCAGACCAAAUCCUGAAUAUUGUAAUUGGAUCUUAAAACCAGAAUCAUGGGGUGGAGCCAUUGAAUUGUCAAUAUUAUCCAAAUUUUAUGGAUUAGAAAUAGCAGUAAUAGAUAGUAUUAAUGCUAUAAUUAAUAGAUUUGGAGAAGAUCAACAUUAUGCUCAAAGAGUUUUCUUGAUAUUCGAUGGAAUCCAUUAUGAUCCUUUAUAUUUGGAACCACUCGAUGGUGGCAGCAUUCAAACAAUCUUUCCCACAGAGGAUGAGAAGAUAUUAUUCGAAGCAGCUGAACUUGCAAAAGAAGUAAAAUCUAGUCGUCAAUUCACAGACAUUCAAAAGUUUAUGUUAAUAUGUAAUGAUUGUAAGGUCAAACUAAAUGGUCAAACGGAGGCUCGACAACACGCCAAGGAGACAGGUCACAUGAAUUUCGGCGAGGUAGCCGUGUAGCGAAUUAAAUUGAUCCCUUUACAAUUAUCGAUCACUUUUAAGCGGACUGCCGUUUGAGAAUCCUACUAAAUUCAAGUCUCAAGCAGAAUUUUCUACUUAGGCGAGGCUUGUAAGCGGACUAGCAAUUUAAUAUUGAUACUUUGUUAAUUUAAGAUAUAUGCAGUGCACUAUGAGGAUUGUUUAGACAUGUAAUAUACACAGAUUUUUAAUUUUGACUAAAGAUCCAAAUCUCUAACUAAACGCCAAAAUUUAUGUAAUUACCUUUAUUGCAGUACAAAGAACUGUUAUUGAACAUAGCCAAGUAUAUUUUAUCUACAUUGAGUAUAUUUUUAUUUGUAUUUUAUUUAUUAGAUUGAAAUUUAUAAACAUUUGAAUUUCAAAUUGAUACAAAAUUCUGUUUAUUUUAUUUAAACUAGUAUAUACUUAAGAUAAUUGUGACUAUACAAGAAAAAAUUAAUAAUUAUUUAGUUAUCUAAUUUUAAUAAUUAUCUAACUAUAUAAUUUUAAUAAUUACUUAAUUAUCUAAUUUUACAAGUUAUUUUUAUUUAAGAUGAAUUUGUUGAUAGUAAUAAUAUGUUAAAGACUAUACUCUUUGGCGAGAUUAAGAAUCUGUGAUACUUGGUUAAAUUUGCCUAAACGGAAUUCAUAGCCUUACUGGCAAUAAAUGUGUUCCGCAUAUAUAUAUAUAUAUAUAAAUAUAUAAAAGGAAGUAAUAAUAUUAAAUAAAUCAUAAAGUUGAUUAUAAAGCGAAAUGGAGUUUCACUUAGUUUCGCUUCUAAUGGCAGAUCAAUUUAGCACCGUUAAUAGCGAAUUUGAUAAGAAUAAAUUGCAGCUCCCAAGAGGGAAAAACGAAAGAAUCUAAUGGAUCACUGUUAAACACUAAAUAACAUCACAUCUCUAUUAAUAAAGAAAUGUUGCUAGAUAAAAAAACGCAAAAUGUUAUCUUAACAAAUUUGAUCUCUAUUGCGAUAGUUUAAUUUACAGUCUAAAUAUGCAUAUAAUAUAACAAAAAGAUAAAGAUGUAUAGUUGUAUAACAAUCCACCAAGCUUAUAUACAUACAUGAUAUAUAUAAUUAUAUAUGUAACAUGUAUAUAAGUAUAUAUAAUUAUGUAUAUAACAUAUAUAUAUAUAUAAUUAGGAUAUUAUAAUUAUUUUUGUUAUUGCGAUUUUUAAAUGAUUAAGCAUGCACUGUAAAAAAUACAAGUUCCAAUCGUAAAAGAGAAAAUGAAAUUUAAUUUUUGUAAUAACUAUGUACGGUAUUUAUUAGUUAACUCCGGCACAGAACUUUUCUUUUUUAUAUUAAUAAUAUAGUUUACUAUGUUAACCUUAUAUCAUUAAAUAAUACACAUAUAUUAUGAAUGAAUUUAAUUCAAAUUAAAAAAUAAGGAAAUUCAUAACUAUUCAUCACUCAGGAAAUAUAUUCAUGAUAGAUUUACAGGUUUAUAUUUAUACAGUACAUAUUUUGUAAGUCCUACCGUUUUGGAGAAGUGAAAUAAAUCAGCUAUUUACAUUUCA